AUGGCCGGCUUCCCAUCCCUCAAACCAGCUUUUACCGUACGGGUCGCGGUUGAUGCACCAUUUCCUGUUGGAAGCCAUCACCGCAAGGCGCCUCUUGUUGUUGUGCCAAUGGUCGGAGGAACCGUCAUCUCAGAACCCGGCUUUACCCCAGCCUUGAAUGCUAAAUUCGAAGGCAUUGGCAAUGACUACAUCCGCAACGAUCCCGAUGGAAAGUAUAUGCGUUUGAAUGCCCAUGGUGUGGUAAAGACAGACGAUGAUGCAUUAAUUUACAUUCAUUAUCAGGGAACAGUAAACUUGACCGAGGGCGUUGUCAAAGCCUUGUCAGGUCAAGCUGGCGAUGCAGAGACGCCGUAUGGUGAUAGCUUCACCUCGUUUAACAUUGAGACUGGAGAUGAGAGAUACAAGGACCUCGAGAACGGAGUUUUCGUCGGUCAGGGUCAUUUCGUUACCAAGACUGGAGAAAAGGCCAUUGUCGAAUACAAGGUCAGCCAGGUCGUUUUGGGUUAA